CGAGAGACGUAACGGGGGAUUAUAUACCGUAGUCGAGUUCGAUGCGAGCGAGCAAGAGUCAGUCGCCAGCUGGUGGCCUGGUUGGACGGUUGUAUUAAAUCCGUUUCCCUCGGUCACGUGUGCGAUCGGAUCGUCAAUAAACGCGCGGCUUAUUUGCUUCGUAAAGGAAGCAACGUGGACUCUCGCGCGUGAGAGGAAGAGACCCGACGGAGUCUCGUAGAUGCACCGUUAUCGCCACCGUCAUCGUGAUUCCGGGAAUAGCGCGAGAUGCGCGCAAUUAAAAAUACUCCGAGUAUUUAAUCGCGCACGAAGACACGAAGGAGAAGAGGAUGUCGUCGGUGUUCUCGAAGCUGAUUGACAGCGUGUCCGCGCGCUACGGGGUGCGACAGGACACGCUGACACGCGGCAUCGCCGGCGUUGCCACCGCGCUCUAUAUCUUCAAGCUCGCCUAUCCGCACGUUGUCACCCGUCUGAAACAGCUCCAGGAAAUCUCGAGGAAAGACAGUGAGUCACGCUUCAAGUGUGACAAAAAUGAUGCCAUCUCGCCGGCUUGUCUUCCCGGCGACGGCGACUUCGCCGGGAACAACGGCAGGAAUCAGAAAUCGUCCGUUGGAUUGGAUCGCAACUUUUUGCGACAACUGAUCAACUUGUUGAGGAUCAUGGUGCCGGGAUGGCGCAGCCGAGAAGCUGGUCUGCUCGCUUGCGCGACGCUGACUUUGUUGACGAGAACUUUCCUGUCUGUGUACGUGGCCGAGCUUGAGGGUCAGAUUGUGAAGAGGAUCGUGUUGCGCGACGUGCGCGGUUUCGGACUGAUGCUCGCGCGAUGGUUCGCCAUCGCGAUGCCCGCCACCUUCGUCAACUCCGCUAUCAGAUACCUCGAGGGCCGGCUGGCGCUUAGCUUUAGAGAACGUCUGGUGAAGCACGCCUACAAGAUGUACCUGAGCCAGCAGACUUAUUAUAGGAUAUCAGCAUUAGACACGAGGCUCGAUGGUCUUGAGCAAAGACUGACAGAUGACUUGUCCGAGCUAGCCGGUUCUGUAGCGCACUUGUAUUCUAGUUUAACUAAACCUCUGCUGGACUGCGCUUUAAUUGGCCUCGCGCUCGUUUCAUUCUCGUAUAAAAUGGGCGCGAGAACAAUACCAGGACCACUGUUAACAGCAGCGGUAAUCGCUGUAACCGGACAAGUUUUACGUUUUGCUUCACCGAAAUUCGGCCACUUAGUUGCCGAGGAAGCGGCACGACGCGGCAGGCUGAGGGAGGCUCACGCUCGUAUCAGCGCUCACGCCGAAGAAAUUGCAUUCUACGGGGGACACGAUACCGAACAUCGUUACCUGAAGUCCUCCUACAAGUCUCUGGAGAGGCAUCUGCAACGCAUCCUCACUGUUAAACUGUGGUACGUGAUGCUGGAGCAAUUUCUGAUGAAGUACGUGUGGUCCGGAACCGGACUUCUCGUUAUCGCCAUGCCGGUGCUCUACAACGCCGCCGCAACGUCCGAAAAGACGAUCAAUAUGAAUAACGACGACGGCGUGAGCGAACGAACGAGAUACCUGACCACUUCGAAAAAUCUCUUGAGUUCCGGAGCGGACGCCGUUGAACGACUGAUGUCCUCUUACAAAGAACUGGUCGCGCUGGCGGGAUACGCGGCACGGGUCAGCGAAAUGUUCGACGUGUUUAAGGAUGCUGCGCUCUGCAAAUACAAAAGAAACGUCGUCAACAGCUCAUCGCCGAAAUCUUUCUUGAACGGCAACGCUCAACAAGCGAUAGAGAAAAUAAUUGAAUUUAACAAUGGCACUCCGGUAAUAAAAGGAAUUGUUCGCGAAAGCACGGACGGCAGUAUAAAUCUAAUUAACGUGCCGAUAGUCACGCCCAAUUGCGAAAUUAUCGUGCCCAGUUUAACGGUCGACAUAAAACCAGGCGAUCAUGUUCUAAUUACGGGACCCAAUGGUUGCGGCAAGAGCUCUCUCUUUCGCAUCAUCUCCGGUCUCUGGCCCGUCUACGACGGCACUCUUAUCAGACCGGCCGAGAAAGAACACGGCAGACCCACUCUGUUUUAUAUCCCGCAGAAACCUUACAUGAGUGUGGGAUGUCUUCGGGACCAAAUCAUCUAUCCGGCGCAUUCCAGUACAGAGAACUGUUCGGACGAGGACCUAUUACGGUUACUUGACGACGUGGAUCUGCGGAGUCUCGUGGAGAGAGAACCGGAAGGUUUCGACGCCCUCGGCGACUGGAAUUCCACUUUGUCGGGUGGCGAGAAACAGCGGCUCGCGAUGACGAGACUCUUCUAUCACGCUCCGCAGUACGCUCUGUUGGACGAAUGCACGAGCGCCGUAAGUCUCGAGGCUGAGGGAAUAAUCUACGAAACCGCGAAGAAGAAGGGAAUUACUCUAUUGACCAUCACUCAUCGAGUGGCGUCGCUCGCCAAGUAUCACAAGUUACUGCUGAAAUUCGACGGCGAGGGCGGAUGGACCUUCGGACCGCUCGACAAGGACGGAUUGUCGGUGACGUUGAACGGCGAAGUGAAGAAGAAAUCAACGCAACUGGAAGAAGCAAAGACCAGUCACUAUAAAAUGCUGCACGAACUGCGUGACAUCCAUCCUGAAAACACCUACGUGGGAAUCAGUUGAAAAAAUUAUAAUCUAUAGAAUAUUAUUUUCUACACGUAAACACAAAAUAAACACAUCUAUUAAAUAUCAUAUCUAUUUCGUAUGUGUGAGGUAUGGCAAUCUGUAGUUUCUAUCGUAUAUAUAAAAUAUGAAAUGGAUAUGAGAUUCUCGGGCAAACAAGUAUUUUACGGUGAUAUACAUGAAAAAGUGUACAUAUAUAUAUUUUUAGGAUUGCAAGAGCUGUACAAAGUAACUUUUUUUAUAUUUUUGUCUCUUUUUUUUAACGGAUAAAGACGACACACGUCACAUUUAUAUGCCUUAAAAAAAAACAACAUAUCGCAAUUUCUCAAAAGACUCAAGCGCGAACGCCGGAACUGACCAAUCAUGGAUUUGGAAAAUCAAAGAUUUUCUCAAAAAAAAAAAGAUUUUGUCAAAUUGUCGCGUUUGAUCUAGCAAAACGAAACAUCGUGUGCCGCAAACUUUAUCGACUGCUUUUUUGUAAGUUGGUUUUCUAUUUAUAAACGUGCUUUAAAUAUAAAAUGUGUGAGAAAGAGGUUUUAGUAUCUUAUUAUAAAAAAAAAAAACUUACAUAAAAUGCACGCGAACGUGUAAGUGUGAUAUACGGAAUAACUAUUUUUUGAAGAAAAAUUGUUGGAAAUCUAUUUUGAAAAACAUUUAUUCAUCGAGUAUAUAAAUCUGUUAUGUAACAUUAGUAAAACCAAUGUCGCGUUAGUCGUUUUACAACUGAUGUACUAUCGAUUGUGAUCAAGUGUUUUUCUGAAAGAAUUAACCUGUUCAGAGAUGUCUUUUAUAUAAAAAUAAAAAUUACGUGAACGUUGCAAAA